AUGGCUUCCAACUCGAAGCCGCUUCCUGAAGUCCCUCAUUCUCCGGAUACAGACCUCACAAUAGAAGGCUGUGAACACUUACGAAAGUUUUUGGAUGCGGCGCUAUCAUCUGAGCCGGGGUCUUUGCAAGGAUGGGCGUCCACGAUGGAACGUGCGCUCGUCGAGGUCACAGAGGCAAUGCGGGAUCAGGAGUGGCUCGCGGGAAUAAAGUUGGCCAAGUCGAGAAGGAAGAGAAAGAAAGUGGAGGUUGAGGGUCCUGGCACGCUGCGUAGGUGGGACACGGCGAGCUCGACCUCGAUAAGCGGCGCCAAUGGCCAGGUCGGCGGCAGGACGGCUGAGACCGACCUUCGAAGAGCGAGUAGUCCGGCCAUGUCUGAGCAAGGCGGCAUUGCCUUCCCGUCGCGAGCGCAUUCGCCGGAUGAAGACACGAAACGUGACCGCUUAGCAUUGCAGCAGUUGCGCGACGUCGCCUCUCUCAACAAGCCUCGCGGAGGCCCAAUUGCAAAGCAUGUUCUAUUCACUCUGGCUUCGUCGGAGGAACCGCCCACGAAGUUCUCAGACCACACGCCAACUUGUUCGUUCCGUGCUGGCAAGUUUGGGCUACCCAAGCCCGAUCUAUUCGGCGACGAUCCUGCCGGCAACGAAGUCAUCGCGAAGCGCAACUGCCUGUACGGGUUUGAGGAAUGGGAAACCGAUCCUGUACAACGGCCCGAACCUAUGAUCCUAGUCGGAGGCAGCUUUCAUUUCACGCCCCGCGUCCCAUCCGCGGAAUAUGAGUCUCUAGUCAAAGUGUUACGAUCCUCGCUCUAUGUCUUGCUUUCCAUCCUGCUUGAACAAAGUUUGCUUUCCGAUUUCAAUGUAGAGCUCCGCUUUCCUCAACCCGAAUCGCGCGAACGCGCCCGCCCGAUCAACCGCAUGUUAUCCAUCGCCCGACCUUCCCUAGGCGUUCGCACCUCUUCUCCGGAUGCCCGACCCCAUAAUCUACGCGAAUCGUUUUUGUCUAGGUCCAUAUGGGGACUUCUCGGCAAGCGCACCAACACUAUGUUCCCCAGGCAGCACUCUGGACUUAAUUCCGACGCGCCCCGCGGAGGUUCUCUUGACAUCGCAGCGCGAGAACCAUCUGCGCCUCCGCCUCCUACACCCGUAGAUGACGCGCCCACACCUAUCAGAGCCCGACGGUUCUCGUUCUUUGGCGAGCCUCGCAGAGCAGCGAGCGUACGAACUGCUCCAGAGCAAGAACUGCCGGUAUUUCAGACAGUACAUCGGCGGCUACGCGAAGCACAAUCGGUCCUCUCCACAUCCCCAGACGUGGUCAUUCAGCCGCCGCUCAUGCUGGUUCGACUUGCUGAGAGGGAGCGCGAGACGCCGGGGCGACGGCUUUCGGGAGAAGAGCGCUCGGCUUUGGCCAGCAUCUAUGGAUGGGAGGGUAGAAAGGCGAAGGGCACGGGCAUGAUCGGCGUUACAGGCUUUCUGCGCCAACAGCGCCUUUCCGUGCUGUACUCGGAACACAUCCCACCUCCCGCCGAGCGAUCUUCAUCUGUCACCAGCGAGAUGUCCGUCCUGGGCUCCUCUUCCCUACGCUUGCACUGCGGUCCGCGCGCACGCUUGCGGACCUUUGCAUACUACGCCACGAACGCAAUAGACGGCGUAGACGCGGAUAGUCUGCUGGGCGAAGCUAUCAUCGAGACGUGUUCAACUUUCGAGGAGCCUUGUGGGAGACCGCACUGCGGGGCGCCGCGUGGGAUGCAUGAGCGCCGAUGGUUACAUAAUGGCUUGCGCGUUAUCGCCGACGUGCAAGUGCUGGAGACCGGAGAUCCCGAGGCGGACCAUAUCGAGGUCUGGGAAGCCUGCUCUGUAUGUGGCGAGACGACAUCGAAGCGCCGCAUGUCAGAUGGUACUUCUAUGCUCUCCUUUGGAAAGUUCCUCGAACUGCUGUUCUACUCUCCACGGCUCGCUGCACUAACGAAACCACCCUGUGAUCAUACUACCGCACCACCUCAACCCUGGACGGGCGAUGAUGCGCCUCUACCUCGCAGUCGCCUCGCCCUCGUACGACGAUUUGCUUAUCGACAGCACGUCGUGAGCUUCUCCGUCAGCCAGGUUCACGACUUGUUCGAGCUUCGAUUACCGCGCCUGCAGAUUACUCGAGGGUCAAAUCACUCCGCCAUGGCCUCGAUUCCGAGUGCUAGCGCAAUCUCCAGCUCCAGCGGCAGGGACCUGGACAGCGAGGAGAAGAAGGUGCAGUGGAAGGAGAUCAAAGGCUGGUGGCAGGAGAUUGCCAAUCAUCUGGACAUGCUCGAGAAGCACUUCCUAGACGAUGAGGAUCAGAGCACCACGUACCACAAGUCUCUCCCUCGCUUGCCCUCGACCUGGGACGAGUCACCUGAGCGCGAUGAAGGCAUACCGGCGCCUUCAACUCCUCGGCAGAGUUCAACUUCACUGUCUGAGACGCCCGACACCAACUCUACUGUUGCCCGACGGCCUACACUCUCCCCUACUCCAUCAGCUCCCGCAAUUGAGCGCCAUGUAUCCGAUGCAUCCUACGCCUCAACGUCUUCGUCCAUGACAACGCGCCCCUUGCCGCAAUCUCGAGCCCAGAGCGUGCCACUUUCCACAGAGCAGACCCCGACUUCACUCCAGCGUCCGCUUGAUGAAGCAAUGCCACCAGACGCCCUCGCGCUACUGAACAAGAUGCGAUAUGCCUUCCAACGCACCGAACAGGCCUUGUACAGUGCCUUGCGCGACGCGCAGGAUCGUGCGUUGAACGAUAUCCGGCGAGCCUUCCACACUGCCGGACUCGGUGCCUUGCGCCGACUAGCGGCUUGGGAGGCUAAGCACCUACCUAAAGUCUCUCACGCUGAGCUCGUCGAGGCACACAAGCGCAUCGAGAGACCUUGGUGGUGGGGCAAGACGUACCAUGCUGUCCCAGGGAGCAACGUCAUCAUCAAAGAAGACGAUUGGGGCAGUAUCAUUGCGUUCACCCUCAGCUCGCGCGAUUACCAGCAAGAGUUGCUCGACCUUAUCCAUCGGCGUACAGGCACGGAUGCUACCGCGACGAGGGAGUCAAACGGCGCUCAGUUCACAUUGCCCAACAUGACGGGCUUCAUCUCCCCUGCUGCCUCUACGGCCUCUGACAGUGGCUUCAAGUUCUUCCGCUCGACGCCCAAGCUCGAUCCGGACGACGAUGGAACGAUAUGGGUUGAACCGGAGACGUAUAGCGCCGUCAUCAGUCGGAAGGAGCAUCCUCGCGAUCCGACGGCCUUGCUUUCCCUUCGCGACGUCUUGCGCACCCGUGCUCCUACCAACGGCGAGCGCUCAGAGAGCUUGCUCAGCAAUUUCUCGAGCCGCUUCGCUGCGCGCGAGACACAACACGCGAAGGCCGCCGUCGACGUGAGCAAAACAGAAGCCAGCGGCAACAUCAGCGCCGCACCUGCCAACGCGGACACCAUUGAGAAACUGUUACAUGAGCUCGACUCUGCGUCCAGCAGCGAUCUUGGUAGUCAGAGUGCGCCUAGCGAGGGUCGCAACUCUGCUAUCGUAUCGGCACACAUCGAGCGGCGCAAGACGAGCACGGUCAUCUCGAAGAGCGAUCACGAGGACGAGAAUAGCUCGAGCGACUCGGAUAGUAGCGCGCGCACUGCAGGUCCUGCAGACGUGCCGGCGUCAGCGCCACACGAAUCGUCUACUUCGGAAGUCGAUGCUGCGUCUAUGAACAACGAACCGCCGCCGCCAGUGGCUAAGGACGGCACAAGCUCUGGCUUUACUUGGAAUACCAUCACGAAUGCGGUGCGCUACAUCGUCAAAUCCGACGUGGGCGCCCCGAGGUCGCCGAACCCUCGUAGUCCCCACGGGUUGCUAGCGCCCGAUGAUGUACUCGCCAUCGAUCAGCGCCCGCAUAUCAAGUACGAUUGGACCAUCGGGAAGCUCAAGUUCUCGUGUACCGUCUACUACGCUAAGCAGUUCGAUGCGCUCCGGCGGCAGUGCGGGAUCGAGGACAGCGAGGUCUUUGUGAGGUCUAUGUCGCGUAGUGCGAAUUGGAGCGCGGACGGCGGGAAGAGCAAGAGUAACUUCUGGAAGACCGCGGAUGAUAGGUUUAUCAUCAAGACGCUCGUCAACGCUUGGAACGUCGCAGACUUGCAAGUCCUCAUCGAUCUUGGACCUUCGUACUUCAAGCACAUGGAGGGAACGGCCAGUCGCGCCUCUCUGCUUGCCAAGCUGCUGGGCUUCUACACGAUCGAGAUACGGAACCUCGAGACGGGCAACGUACAAGCCCGCUCGGACCUGCUGGUCAUGGAGAACCUCUUCUACAAGCAGAAGAUCGCAAAGACGUUCGACCUGAAGGGCAUUCAGGGUCGUAAAGUCAAAACUGACGCCAGCACGAGCAAGACACUCUUCGACGGCGAGUGGAUCGAGGGUCAGGAGAAGGCGCUUACGCUGGUGUAUCCGCACUCGAAAGCUGUCCUGCAUGAGGGCCUCCGGGCCGACUGCGAUUUCCUGGCGAAGAGCAAUAUCAUGGACUAUUCGCUCCUACUCGGGAUCGAUCAGGAGAGGAAAGAGAUCUCCUGCGGUCUGGUCGACACCAUUGGCAGCUAUACGUUCGCCAAGACUCUCGAGUAUAAGGCGAAACAGGGUCUCGCUCGCGAUAGCAAGGAGGUCACGGUCAUACCCCCUGACGAAUACCGCGAGCGCUUCAUCAACACCCUUGACGGAUACUUCCUCGCUUGCCCAGAUAAAUGGACGAAGCCGGCCAACGACGAUACGACUGUUAACGACUAUCGACGGCUACCGAGCGUUUUGUAG